UUUACGAAAUUUCAAAAGUCACCCCUUCUUCUUCAACCCUCCCCAAUUCCCUAACUCCCAACCCCGCAGCAUCUAGGUCCCCAAAUAUAUUUGCCCCAAAGGCAAAAAAAAGAAGGAAAAAAAAAAAAAACAUUGAAGUUGAUUUAAGGACAUUCACUAGAGAGAGGGAUAUGGAUGAACACGAGGUCUACGGCGGAGAGAUCCCCGGCGACGACGCAGACAUGGACGCCGACAUCGACAGGCACGACGACGACGGCCAAGACUACGAGGACGACUCCAACUCCAAGGAGUUGGAGGACAUGAAGAAGAGGCUUAAGGAGAUGGAAGACGAGGCCGGCGCUCUCCGCGAGAUGCAGGCGAAGGUCGAGAAGGAAAUGGGCGCUGUUCAAGAUUCCUCGAGUGCCACUGCAACUCAAGCUGAAAAGGAGGAGGUGGAUUCCCGCUCUAUUUAUGUUGGUAAUGUUGACUAUGCAUGUACACCUGAGGAAGUCCAGCAGCAUUUUCAAUCUUGUGGAACUGUCAACAGAGUUACAAUUUUGACAGACAAGUUUGGCCAACCAAAAGGAUUUGCUUACGUUGAGUUUGUUGAAAUCGACGCUGUUCAGAAUGCUCUCCUGUUAAAUGAAUCAGAAUUGCAUGGUCGUCAAUUGAAGGUCUCUGCUAAGCGGACAAACAUUCCUGGAAUGAAGCAGUAUCGAGGAAGGCGACCUGGUUCAUUCCCCCGCUCCCGAAGACCAUUCGUGCCCGCCCCAUUUUAUCCUUCGUAUAGUUAUGGGAGGGUUCCGAGGUUCAGGCGGCCAACGCGGUACAGGCCAUACUGAUGAUGAGUUUUACAUUGUUUAGGGUGGACACCAUUAUGGAAAGACCAAUAAUUAGAAUGUUUUUACAUUGGUCGAAAUUCCGUUCUGUAAUCUGGAUGAAAGAAGUUUUAUCGCCGUUUGCGUUGGCCAUGGCCAACUUGAUCCUUUCUCGAAUCAGAAGCAUGCGGAGGAGAGAUUGUGUUUAUGUUUCGUCCAAAUCAUGCUUUUACUUGCUUUUCAGGGGGUAUGAGAAGAUGCAACUACAUGCUUUAGAUGAUAGAAUAUUCAGUUGUAUGCAUUGGAAAUAAUUCCCUUGUUACAUUUGUAACGUUAUUAAGUUGAACGUGGAGACGUUUUUAACACGAAGGCUUUGAAUCUAUAUUUAUUAAUGAAGUUGGUGCAUUGAGUAUGAACUCCGAAGUAUUUGUCAAA